UCGUGGGUCACGAUAACCAAGAUGGCGGCCGCGGGCUGGUCUCUCAGAAUUGUUUUUUAUUCAAAAGAACAUUUGUUUUAUGGGAAGUGUUAAAAAUAAUUAUUUUUGCGGUGAAUUAAAAUGAAGUAUCCACUUCUGAUACCGGGUCCGAAUAGCCGCAGCCAAACUUUUCAUUACAAUUACAGAUAAGACAGUAGCCGAUUCGCCGCCAAAAAAAAAAGGCAACUUUGACUUUGACCUUGAUUGAUGUCAAGUUAAUGAUUAUAGAACUAUAUUUAAAAUAGAAUUUAUAAACUACAAUAAAAUUAUACACAUAAACGUAUUCUUACUUGCUUUUAGCUGUACGUCGUGUUUCUUUAACGCUACUUUAUGGUCUUCAAAAUGUGUCACAUUUCUCGAUUGAUAAUAAUGGCUCUACUCUUACUCUAAGAGGGGAAACCAACAGAAAGUAUCCGUCAUAACCGUCACGUGACCAACCGAAUAUAUAAUAAAGACCUCACGUGACCAGCUGGGUCCGAAUAGCCAUUUGCUGCUAUAGGUACCCGGUCUUGCUGAUUGCUGUCAAGAUGGCCCUGCCAUAGUACAUCAUUAAAAACUUCGUCUGUAAGAUAGGCUUAUUAUAUUGUGGGCAUAAUGUGUUAUUUAACUAUUUCAAAUAUUAAAAUGUAUAUAAUUAUUUACAUUUAAUUUGCAUUUGUCACCAGACUAAUAUUGUAAUAAUAAUAAGUUAGCAAGAAAACAAGAAAACGAAACAACCUGUGUGCUAAAUUUGAUAGAGAACAUUUCUUUUAAUCAAUAAAAGAUAUAAUGUCAGAUUUGACAUAAAACAAUAAAUUUCACACAGGAUAAUAAAUAUUUUCGUAUUACAUUUUAAAAUUAUUAAAAAGGGGAACAAAUUAACAAGUUUUCAAAAAAAUAUUUGUUUUGUUUCCGAAAUAAUUUUUAAAGACGCCAUUUGUAAACUAUUCGUUUCAUGCAUUGUCACCCUUGUGUGUAAUAGUAAUAGAGUCAGUAAGUUUUCGUUUUUAGGCAUUUACUAUUAACUUAUUAUACUGUAGGCCUGAAAUAAAAUUGUAAGCAUGCAUAAUUUCAUAACUAUGUUUUGUUAUUUAUUUUACAAAUUUUUUUGUUAGGCUAGGCCUGUUCAUUAUUUAGUAUUUAAUUUAGUUGUCUUGUAGUUGUAUUGUAUUGGUAGUAGUAGUAAUAGUAUAUAGACUAGUUACUUAGUUAACUUAGACUUAGUACCUUGUUAGCAGUGGGAUUCCUUUUAUUAUUAAUAUUAUUCAUUCAUGAUAAUUUUUAAAAUAAAAUAAUGUAUGUAUUAGUAUUACAAUUUAUUAUUAUAUUUAUAAUAAAAUAUUAAACAAUAUUAGUUUUAUUUAAUUUAUAUAUUAUUAAUAUAUAAUAUUAUAUUAAAAUUAGGUCUACCCAAUCAAUAUUUGCCAAUAAUGAAUAAUAAAUUGAUAAUUAUUAAUAACUAAUAAUGACAAACUACAUUUAAACAAUGAUAAUACAUAAUACAAUGACUAUUCUGAACUAUUUAUUUUAGUAAAUCACUUUUUCUUUUUAUAUUAUUUGAAUAUGAAUAAAAUUUGUGACAAUCACUAUCAAAUGAGUUUCAAUACUAUCAGUAUUAUUUAUUCAUUAUCAUGACAAUAAUGUCCAUGUCUUGAAAAUUCAAUAUUCAAUUGCCAACUAUAAUAUUGAUUGACUGGUAGCUGGGUGGCCGAGCGGUCUAAACUGUCUCAAACGAAAUAGCUGGUGGUCUGGAGUUCAAUCCCCACCAAAGCCAUCCCAAGCAACCCGGGUGGAUGGGACUCGUUAGCCUUGGACGGCAACCUGUCUAAGAGAAGGCAAACUCUGAAUUUAAAACCAGGAGCCAGAAUGAUCAACAAAUUGAUCGUGGGCACCUCAAAUAUAAGAAGAAGAAGAAGACUUGAAAACGGCCUAGUACUAGGAGCGCUACAUACUGAUACUGACAUACUAGAUUCUAGAUUAAUAUUAUUAUUAUGAAAUUAGGCUACUAUAUGUUAGUGUAAUGUACUAUAGUAUUGUAGUGUGUAUACAUUCACCUAGCCCUAGAUAUUUAAGUGUCAAAAUUGUAAGUAUAAGACAUAUGACAUGACGAAAUUGUCAUCAUAGCUCACAAUAGACAUAGUUUAUUUAUAGUAUAGUUGUUUGUAGUAUUAUAGAUUUUUUUUAUAACUUUGCAAACCAAAAAAGUGAUAAAAAUAAUUAAUUCGAUUAUCAAUCAUAAUCACCUGGGAGAUGAGAUGUUUAAGGCCAGCAUCUGGUAAAACAAGUGACCAAAUUCAGACUCAGGAAAUAAGACAACAGUUUUGGGGCCAUACCAAUCAGCCCAACAGCAAAUUAAUUGGUAUGUCCAUGGUUCAAUUUGUCAGAAUGCUAGUCAGUCAGCCUGCUUUGCAAGCCUACAAGUACAAUAGCAGGCCCUCCGGUUUUAGAGCAAGAGGGCGAUAGCACUUGAGGUGGAUUGAUUGUUAAGGACACCCUUUAUUUAAGUCAACAACCUGAACUUUCAGUCAAAAAGUAAUAUUUAUAUUGCUUUUUAUUCCUUAGCCUUCAUUGAAGACAAUAAAGAUGUUUUUGACAAGGUCAGAAUAUGAUAGAGGAGUUAACACAUUUUCUCCUGAAGGACGUCUUUUCCAAGUAGAAUAUGCUAUUGAAGCUAUUAAAGUAUGUACAAGCUUUCUUUUUAGAUCAAAUUUUUAUUCACAUGCAUUCAUUAAAAAAAAUGAUCAAAUUUUUAUUCACAUGCAUUCAUUAAAAAAAUGAUAAUAAAAUGGAUGCAUGACAUCCUUAUAAUUUUAUCAUUGUUUCUAACGGUUAAUUUAUAAGUUUAAAAAAAAAUUAUUCAUCUUGAUUUUUUACCAGCUUUGUAUAUUUGUUUCUUAAUUUGCAGCUUGGCUCUACUGCGAUUGGCAUUCAAACAAGUGAAGGUGUUGUCCUUGCAGUAGAAAAGCGUGUUACCUCUCCUCUUAUUGAAGCAGCAAGCAUUGAAAAGAUAAUGGAAGUAGACAAACAUAUUGGUAAGAAAAUUAAAUUGUGAUGAAUUUUCAAACAAUCAAAUUCCUUUUGUUUAGCAAUAAGUGGUAAUUACUUUAAUCAUAAAUAGGGUAUCUUUAAAUAAAUUCUCAAUAAUGCUGAAUAUUUAUGUGUUUAUCCACUUUCAUGUUGUAGAAUAAGUCUUUAGUAAUGGUGUUUAACAAUAAUUGGUUUUGAAGCAGAUAAGAAGUUCUUGAUUUUUACGAUGGGAUAACCUAAUCAAUUUUUCCCUAACCAAAAAUGUAAAAGAUUGACAUUAAUUAUAACAUGAAAAAGAAUUUAAGAUUAAAUUAAUAACUUGUCUCCUAUUAAAUUUGUAAAUAUGGAGUUACUGACAACCACUUUCAACGAAAGAUUUUUAUACAGUAAUCGUUAUCCAUCAGAAAAUGAAGGUAGAAGUUGAACUAUUUUUAGAAAUGUCAAAAAAAGCAAGUAACAAAAAUAUAUCACUAGUUUGUCACAGAAAUUCAACCUGCAGAAAGUGCAUGUUUGUACCACCUGGUGAGCAAGUUUGGUAGUACUUACUUUGAAGGCCAAUAAAGCUGAUAAUAGGUUUCAAGUUAUAUUUUUGAAACUACUAUUCAUUCCGUCUCAAAAUGUUUUUUUAAAAAUUUAUUUUCCUCCCCUUAACAACUCCUUAAUUUUGUUUUUGCUUUGAACCAUGAUUAUUCAAUCUGCUUUCACAGCAUGUGCAAUGAGUGGUCUUAUUGCUGAUUCCAAAACUUUGAUUGAUAAGGCUAGAGUUGAAGCACAGGUAAGUGCUUAUAAAAAAAAGUCAACAACUUACCAGUGCAUGAUCAACCCCUUGCAAACCUGUUUAUUAACAACGUUAAAGCAGAGUAUCCAUUUAUUACAUGAAUUUAAUAAGACUGCUUUUGCCAUGUAUUUCCAGAAUCAUUGGUUCACAUACAAUGAGAAAAUGAACAUUGAGAGUGUCACACAAGCUGUCUCUAACUUAGCACUACAGUUUGGAGAUGAUGAUCCAGACCCAGGGGCUAUGGUAGGAAUGCUUUAUUAAUCAACUCUAAGACAAGCAAUUAUUGAUAUUUCACACAUGAUUAUGAUGAAGAUGACUAAUAAUAUCUUUUGUUUCAAAAGUGUCUUUUGUUUUUCCUUUUACAAAGCUGUACUAUUUACUUGAAUAUAUGAAUAUAAAAUACAUUAUUUUUUUACCAUGGGGAUGAGUGAGGAUGAGAAUAUUAAGAAGUGACUUGUACUUUAAUCAGUCUUACUGACCAUUUGGUGUUAUUUCUGGGGUGCCACAUCAUUGAAUAAACUUAACAAAAUAACUUGUUAUUUCAGAGCCGUCCAUUUGGUGUCGCACUACUUUUUGCUGGGGUGGAUGAGAAAGGACCAAGACUGUAAGUAUUAUUAGGUUAUAUUAUUAGGUUAUAUAAUAAUAUCUUGAAAUUGGGCUUUAAAAACUUUCCAUACAAAAAACAAUGCAUUUUUUUUUCUUAACCUUUAUAAAAAAAUUUUGUAACUUUCAUCUCAAUAUUUAUAAUAUUAUUCCUCAACUUAUGGUUGUUGUUUAAUUAAUGCAUAAGAGUGAUCAGCAAGUGAUAAGAAACUUAAAAUAAAUUUAUGUGAAGUGUAAUAUAGUAACAUUUCCAAAUGAAUCAUUAGACUGCAUUCUGAUAGAUAAAUGUAUGUUCAGUUUUCACAUGGAUCCAUCUGGCACAUUUAUACAAUAUGACGGUAAAGCUAUUGGGUCAGGGUCAGAAGGAGCACAGCAAGCUUUACAAGAGGUUUAUCACAAGGUAAGAGUAAUAUGUUGCUUUCCAUGCAAGAUUAUCCCUUUUAUCUUGAUGCACAGAUUUUAUUUUUCAUCUUGAUGCACAAUUACCCGAAAUAUCUUUAUUUAUUAUUAUCCCAUUAAUGUUGUAUCUAUUUUCAUAAGAAAUAACUGUCACUCUAAGGUUUAGUGACAAAGACAAUACUGUUUCAAAAAUUUAAAUGAUCAACAAAAUCUAUCAGUACAGGUACUUAAAAAAUCAUAAUGUUUUAUAUUUAUUUCCAUUUUUAAGAUCUACACUAGUACACAAGAAUGUAUUGUAGUUUUUAAAUAUGUACAAGAUAUGACAGUUUUAUACAGGAAAACUUACCAGUAUUUUAGAUUUAAAUUUACUAAUUAAUUGAUGAUUGGCUUUAACCAAUUAUUACUUAAAGAAAUCACCCAAGCAUUCACUGAAAAUGAUAUCCAAAUAUUUGUUUGUGCACAAAUAUACCUCUUUUUUUUCAAAUAUUAAAUUUAAAUUCAUUUUUAGUACAAGUUUUGGCUAACUCAGCUAACUGAUAAGAUAGUUUGAACCCAUUCCUGUCUAAGUCUAAAGUUCGUUCUAGCAUAAAUUGUGAUGUUGAAUCUCAAAUCAGACCAUGUGAAGGGUUAUAACUCCAUUUGGAAACAAAACAACUAAAUGAAAAUCAAAAUUAUCUUUCUUUUUUUAUACCAGGUAUAAUAGUCAUAGAAAUUAAAAAUGAUUUUAAAAAGUUUUUAUAUAGUAAACAAAUUACCAUACAGUGUAUCUAAAGUUCAACAUGGGUACAUUGUCACAAGUUCACUGCCAUCACCAAGGUGGGCAAUAGAUUCUACUUUCAGUAGUUUCGUCUUUUAAGACUGCCAAUAAACACAAGAGCUUUGAAAUACAAGCUAAGAUUUCAACCCCGGUUGUAAUUUCAUUGUUAGGAUUUCAUCAUAGAGAUUAGCAACACUCCGAAGAGAACUGCAGUUCACUUAAGCAGUUGUAAUACCUGUAAAUCAGUUUGUUAGAAGCUCCAAGUCAGCACAGUAUUGUUUAAGUUAGUGAGGUUGACGGUCCGACCUGGGGAAAUUCGAACAGAAUGAACAGUAGUUGGUUGUCACUGUAACUUUGAACUUUGGUAACUUAAUUUUUAAUAAAUUUACUCUGGUUAUCUCUAAAAUUAACUCAAAUUUUUUUGAAUUUAUGAUAUCAAAAGUCCAUGACACUGAAGGAAGCCUGCAAAGCAGCUCUAACAAUCCUGAAGCAAGUCAUGGAGGAAAAGUUGAACUCCACGAAUGUUGAGGUCAGAAAAGUUUUUUAUGAGUAAAUUCAGUAUUUAAUUUAUUAACCAUGCAGUAAAUUCUUGAGGGAGUUUUGAAAGUUAAAAAAUAAAUCGAAGCUUUAAAGUUUUAGGUGCAGAAUUAAUUAUUUGAUCCACCUAAUACUUGUUUUUUUCUAUCCAUCCCUGUGGUGUUACAGCCCAUGUAGGACUUUGGCCUGCCUCACCACUUCCUUCCACUCAGACCUAACUAAUGCUUUUCUUUUCCAUGCUUGGAAUCCCAGCUGUUAUAGUUCUUUUUCCACGUUAUCCAAUUUAAGCCUAGUUCUGCAUUUGAGCUGUUUUCCUCUGUGGUUUUGGUGAUGUACCCUCUUCACUCCUCUGUCAUUUGGCAUUCUUUCUAAGUGUUCUGCCCAGGGUAGUCUACCAUUUGUUAUUUCUGCUACUAGCGUGGGAUCCUGAUACACUAUACAAUUCCUCGUUGGUUCGUAUUUUCCAUCCAUAUUCAUCCUUUGUUGGGCCUUAUAUUUUCCGGAUAACUUUUCUCUCCCAUGUGUUUAAUAGAUUUUCUGCCAUUUUUUUUAGUGUAUCAGUUUGCUCAUGUUACAACUGGUCUGAAGACAGUUUUAUCAAUAGUUUUCUUUGUUUUUCUUGUAAUCUUUUUACUUUUGAUUACUUUCUGACUACUGAAGUGUGACCUAUUUCGGGAGGAUAUUCUUUCUUUUAUUUCUGUUAGUAAUUUGUUUCUUUCAUUUCAUAAAUAUAAAAUAAUACUUAUUUAAUUUACAUAAUUAACAUUUUAUCUGUUUAAUUGUUUGAUAUGCAUUCUAAGUUCCCUUUCUUCUUGUCCCCCAGAUGUGCACAGUAACCCAAAAAAAUCUGUUCCGCUUGUUCACCAAGGAGGAACUGGAAAACAUUAUUAAAGAUAUUUGAUGGAUUAUUUUACUAACUAUUCAAUUUCUUUCUGAACUACGAGGACACAUUUGAUGGUGUAUUCAAAUCAUUAUUUUCUAUUUGUUUGUGUGUGAGACGUCACCAGAGUUGUACAACACAGUUGACAUGUCCACUCUUCACAAUGAGCCGUUGUUCAAAGUUUUGAAUACCAUUUGUGUGACAUAAACUUGUUGGUGGGCACGGUCAAAAUAAACAUUGAGAUCAUUU